UUCCGCAAAUCUUCUCAAUCGAUUCGCUUCUCAGAGUUCAAAGCUCCUUCUCCAUUCCUCAGCUCGCCAACCCCACGCGGAUCUGUGACGAGUUUCCUAGUCAUGGCUGGAGAGGGAGCUGAAAAUGGAAGAGACGAUAUGAUUAUUGAUGGAUCAGGAGCUGAUCAGCAGAGGCAGAAUAAUUUAAUCUUUGAUGGAGUCAACGUGAAUUACCUCAAACUUUAUUACGGGAAGCUUUUUCCUCAUGCUGAUGUGUUUAAAUGGAUGUCGUAUGGGAACGAUGGGAAGCAUCCCGGGUGCGACCAUUCAUACUUCGGGCGCAGAGAAUUCUCCUUCACCUUGGAUAAUGACAUAUAUUUGCGGUUUCAGUCUUUCAGUGGCUUGUCUGAAAUGGAAAAUUCUAUAAGGGAAAAAUGUCCCUUUAAAAUUGAUAUUGGCCCUGUUUACAGUGUGGAUCCUGCAAGGAGGCAUGCCUAUGCACAAGGGAGUGAUAAUGUCUUCACUCCAGUCGAGAGGGAGCUCAUUUUUGAUAUAGAUAUGUCUGACUAUGAUGACGUAAGAUAUUGCUGCUCAGGGGCCGAUGUCUGUUUGGAUUGCUGGCCAUUGAUGACAGUUGCUAUUAAAGUUCUUGAUUCUGCCCUUAGAGAUGACUUUGGAUUUAAUCACAUCCUCUGGGUGUACAGUGGUCGACGUGGUGUGCAUUGUUGGGUGUGCGAUGGAAAAGCUAGGAGGUUGAAUAAUGAACAGAGGGCAGCUAUUGCAGAUUACUUUCGUGUGUAUAAGGGUAAUGAGAAUAGUCAUAAAAUGGUUUCUCUAUUAGGUCAAGCACUUCAUCCCUUCCUUGUGAGAGCACACAAUGAAGUUCUGAAAAUUUUCUUCGAGGAAAAAUUGCUUUCCACUCAAAAUCUAUUAUUAGAUGAGGACCGAUACGAGAAGAUUCUAGGAAUGAUUCCUGAUGAAUCCAUUACUUCAGAGCUUCGUGGAAAGUGGGCUGACAAUAGGCGCUCAAAAGAAGAUAUUAAUGUUGUCCGCUGGCAGCAACUGAAGCACAUGCUGCAAUCAGGGAAACAAAAGUUGCAUCUUCGUCGGUGUGUGGAAGAGAUAGUUUUUUCUUUUACAUAUCCAAGGCUUGACAUGGAGGUUUCAAGACACAUGAACCAUUUGCUAAAGGCACCCUUCUGUGUACACCCAAAAACAGGCCGUGUGUGCAUUCCUAUUGAUCCAAACUGCUGUGAAGAUUUUGACCCUACUGCAGUACCGACACUUUCCAAGAUCCUUGAAGAACUUAAUACGGAAGGUUCAAGAAAGGAAGGUGACAAUGAAUGGGAUAGAACAUCACUGGGAGAUUCUGUCAGAUAUUUUCGAUCAUCUUUCUUGCAGCCUCUGCUAAAAUCAUGCAAGGAGGAGAUAGAGAGUUCCUAUAGUGCCAAACUUCAGGAGUCAAAGAACUCACUGAACUGGUAGAGUAAAUAUUAUUCUUCAUCAUGUGUAAUUUUACUUCUAUAAGUUGAUAGGUUGAUAUAAAAGUGUCAAGUCCAUUUGUUUUUCUGAGGCAUGCUGGUACUUUUGCUCCACUUUUUUCAGUUAGCAGUUGGGAGUCAUUAACGGUUGUCAUGUACGUAACAUAUUAUAGUUGUCAUGGCAAAAAGUUGUAGAGAUCAGUAAUUUAUUAACAGUUGUCAUGUAUGUAAGAUAUCUCAUAUGGCUUAGGCAAGUAAUCUGAAGAAUUUUAAGUGCAAU